AUGACAUUUGUCAAUAGUAACGAUAUUAUUUACAAAGAUAACAGGGAUAAUGCUUAUCAUUCAAAUGUAGAUUGGUUAAGUAAUAAAGAUCAUAGAAAUUGGAUAUCUUAUCAUAAAUUACAGAAUUUGCGCGACAAUUUGGAUAUGAAAAUCGGUAUAUUGGAAAUUGAUAAAGUAACAGGAAUAGCCAAAUCACAAAAUAAGCUUGAUGAUUAUAAAGAAUUGUCUGAAAGAACAAAAAAAACGUUGAAACAUUUCUCAAUCGACGAAAAAAAUAGAAGAUACAACAAUUAUAAUAAUAGAAACAACGUUCAUCAUUCAAAUGCUGAACACAAUGAAGGGUUCCAGGAUAAACUUAAUAAUUAUAAAGCAAUAUUUGAAGAAACAAAAAAUAAAUUAGAAUCUUUGAUUGCUUAA